AUGUUUAAGUUCAUCCUGUUGGUAACACUCGUGGCGGUUGCGGCUGCAGAGGUGGAACUGGUAGUGAAGGAUUGCGGUUCUCAUGACGCCAUUAUCAACUCCAUCCGUGUGGACCAAUGUGACGCGGAACCAUGCAUCGUCCAUAAAGGCCAGGACUAUACCAUCCAUGUGAACUUCACUGCUACCCGAACAGUUCAGGAGGCCCACAAUGUUUUGCAUGGCGGGAUUGGGUUCCUGCAGGCGCCUUUCCCUCUCCAUCCAGAAAACGCCUGUCAGGGCUCCGUCCAGUGUCCAAUUGUAAGCGGACAAACGUAUGAAUACGUUCAGACCAUGACGUGUCCAUCUUUUGCUCCAAGCGUAAGUGUUCUUGCCCGCUGGGAGGUCAAGGACGAACACCGUCAGGACAUCUUCUGUUUUACCACAAAACUCUCUAUACGCGGUUAA